GUGCCUCUUACAUUAUUUGGAGGUUCUGGAAACUACUCCUCUGCUUUGUACAUCGCUGCUGUAAAAGCCAAUGCAUUGGACAAAGUUGAGACUGAAAUUCUUGACCUUGUUGAAGCUACCAAAAAGAGUCCUACAUUUUCACAGUUCAUAAAGGAUCUAUCAGUGCCUAAGGGGACCAGAGUGAAGGCUAUAAAUGAUAUAUGUUCGGAAGCUAAAUUCUCAGAUAUUACCAAGAACUUUUUGGCUGUUCUGGCCGAGAAUGGGAGACUAAGACAUAUUGACACUAUUGCAAAGAGAUUUAUGGACUUGACCAUGGCACACAAGAAAGAGGUGAAAGCUGUGGUGACAACUGUUAUUUCCCUACCUCCAGAGGAGGAGAAAGAACUGAAGGAGACACUGCAGGCUAUUAUUGGACAGGGAAAGACAGUUAAGCUUGAGCAGAAGAUUGAUCCUAGCAUUCUUGGUGGACUGGUGGUAGAAUUUGACCAAAAGGUUCUUGACGUGUCAAUAAAGACUAGGGCACUGCAGAUGGAGAGGUUCCUCCGGGAACCAGUCAACUUUGAUAGCAUUUAAAGAUGCCUCAACCUAUGCUUGAUGAACUUGCUACAAUUUCCUUUUCUUCAAGUCCUCGUUUUGGCAGAAAGAGGAAUUUUUAUUUCCAUUUUCUGUAGGAUCAAGUUGUUUUUCCCUGCUUUUCCGAAGGCAAGGGUCUUUCUAUACUGAAAAUAAAAGCAAAGGGCCACUUUCUGCAA